AUGCUCAAGAUUUGGUCUAUGCAGAAGCAGCAGCAGGAGGAGAAUGCCGCUGCAGGCCAGAAGAAGAAGAAGGUGACGGCUGCGCAGCUGCGUGUACAGAAAGAUCUCUCCGAGCUGUCACUCGGCUCCACGAUGAAGACCGAAUUCCCAAACGCCGACGACAUUCUCAACUUCAUCCUUACUAUCGAGCCGGACGAGGGCAUGUACAAAGGCGGCCUUUUCACCUUCAACUUUGCGAUCAACCAGAACUUCCCCCACGACCCGCCCAAGGUCAAGUGCACGCAGAAGAUCUACCACCCGAACAUCGACCUGGAAGGCAACGUCUGCCUAAACAUUCUGAGGGAGGAUUGGAAGCCUGUUCUGAACCUGAACGCGGUCAUUGUCGGUCUACAGUUCCUCUUCCUCGAGCCAAACGCGUCGGAUCCGCUCAACAAGGAGGCUGCGGAGGACCUGAAGGCCAACCGCGAGGGCUUUAAGCGCAACGUCCGCAACUCGAUGGCCGGAGGUGCCGUGCGCGGCCAGACGUUCGAUUGCGUCCAGAAAUGA